AUGCACCAAGAAGGACCUCUGAGCCAGCAUGCAGACCCAGAUGCGAUCCUCAAGCCGAAGCAGUGCCCCGAGGGACUACGAACUCACGACGAGGAUCUUUCGACGACUUCACUUUUCGCGCCGUGUGGCACCAGCUUCGUCUCAGAAAUAGUGCUGGUUGCACAGCUGGAAACAUACCAACCUGGUGAGAAGAUUUGGCUUCAGGGAGAAGAGUGCAAGAAGGUCUACAUCUUGAAAUCCGGGGAGGUGGAGCUGAUCCAAGAUGAUCACACGGUACUCCACACAUGGAGUGCGGGAGCCAUGCUGGGCUUAUGCAUUAUGCUGAACGUCCAUCAUCGUCUUCGCACGGCGCAAGCGGCCGCCGCGUGCGAGUGCUUGGCCUUGCCAUCUACCUCGUUCCAUGCCAUAUUGAAGCAGCAUCCAGCGGAGAAGAAGCACUUCUUGGAGGCGGCGCAAGCCGAAGCCAAGGGCAUACUUGGCGAUCGGCAGUUCGAAUGCUUGGUUGGAGAAGUGCCGAUAAGUCCACCGAAGACUGUGCACAGAAAAGGUGCAUUCCACAGAAAAUCUCAUGAUGCGAGUCACAAUGACAAGCUCGACAAGUCUCCGAAGAAAUCAAAGGCCAUGGAAAAGCUGCCGACCAUUGAGCCAGUCAUGAAGCCCUUCGCUUCCUCGAAGUUAGUCCCAUCCAGUUUGCCGUUAAGUAGCAGAUUUCGGCGGCCGUCGUGGUCGAAGCGAUGUGCUUCCAUGCUGGAUGAUGACAGUGGCUCUGACACGGAGUUGAACUCAGUGAGUGCUCAGUUCUCAGAACGCCAGAUUAGCACGCAGAGUUCUCCAGAUGUCGUGGUUUGGUCUCGAAGCUCAACAGCGCCGACUCUUCCUAAUUCUCUGCUGUCCCCGGAUCACAGUGGUAGUACCGGCAGUCACCUCCAGGUGCCACGGCCGCCUGCCUCGUCAAACGGAUCUCGAGAUCACUCCCCCAGCCCAUCAGCGGCCAGCAAGUCUUCAUUCCCAGAGCCUGCCGAUGACAUGAGUCCUGCUUCCAAGAAAGCCACCUAUUGGUGCGAUGUCAUAAAGGACUGGUUCGGGUGCUUGGACACAGAUGGUAGCGGCCGCAUUGACCGGGAAGAGUUCAAAAACAUUGCGAAGAACCUCUCUGCAGCUUUUGCGUGGGAUGACCAUCAGUCCGCCCUUUUGCUUCAAGAAAUUGACAUCAACAGCGAUGAGCAAGUAGAUUUGCCUGAGUUUGCAGGCUGGCUUACUAACGUCCACGCUACCAUGACUUUCAGUCCAGAAGGUUGGCUCCAAACAUAUGACUUGGGAGACACGCUCCAGCCAUUGUACGACUGCUACGACCCUGAUCGCAGUGGUAUCUCGAAGGACCAGUUCCUCCGCACCUACCGCAUCAUUGCUAAUGCCUUGAAGCAUACGCCGGUAGCUUUCCAGAAGAAGGCAGACGUAUGGGUACGAGCGGCGGAGGAAGAGUAUGAGAACUUAACCGAUGAUGGGAAAGACAUGCUGGUCGAGAUCGACGAUUUCAUCCAAUGGCAAGCCCAAUUGCUGAAGCAUUCCGGAAUACCAAACUCUGUACUGCCGGAGAAGGUGGCUGGGCUUGCCCAGGCAUUGAAGGUCAUUAACGAUUUGGAUAAGAAGAAGACUGUGGCGGAUGACAAAGAUGAAGCUGCUCUCAGCAAAUCAAUCCAGAAAGUUGCCAGCUUAGCAAGGGAACUGUACCUUCCCUGCAGCCAGCAGCUCCGCAAGCUGCUGGAAGCGAACAACCAUGAAAGAAAGGAAACGCAAGCCUGCGAUGAAAACUACAAGUGGGAGAACCCACCUGACGGGGCGGUCGAUCGACUCCGCCGGGACUGUGCCAUCAACCUGGGUGUCCUCCUGCCUGGCAUAUUGCCUCACAAGAGCGGGGAGACUUCCAAGAGCGACGUUUGGAGAUUUGCCCGGCGAAACUCGCACAUGCGCAAUCGAAGAGGGAAGUCGCUGCCUCAAGCGCACUGUUUAGGGAUGGCCAUGUCCAGCGUGAACCGCCGCCUUAUGAUCGCGAAGCUUGCAAUUGCUUUGCUCGCAGUGCGCGUUCUCAUGCCUUCCUUCGUUUCGCCGAAUGGCCCAAGUAUCCAUGCGCAAACCCCAAGAAGGCAGCUAACAGCUGUGAGGGCUGAAGGAGAGGGAGAGGCAGAAGAUGGAGACAUGCUUGAAUUCCUCAAGGUGGAGCAGGACAUUGAGCUGUCUCCUGAGGAGUACAAGAUGGCCUUGGAGGCCGAGGUCGAAACCCAAAGGAAGAAGUACUACAUCGGGGGUGUUGUGGAUCCGAAGAAUUUGGUCGUGCCUUGGAAGCCUGUCGACGAGGAUGUGCUGGUGAAGGAUGCCAGGAGGACCCUGAAGAAGAACGGGAUCAGGGACCCUGCCGGUGGCGACGUGGACACCGAGUACGAUGACAGCGAGAUGGAGCUCACCCUGAUCGACGACGACGUCAUGCUGCAGUGGGCAGGCGGUGUUCCUGGCACCAAGGUCGGCUACAUCAUCGAGAGGAAACCAGCAGGCAGCACAAAUUUCGAGGAAGUUGCCACAUACGACAACAUGAAGAACCCCCAGCUCCUGGCCAAGCCAUACAGCGGACAUGAGUAUUCCUUCACCGACUCCAUGGUCGCACCCGGCAAGUACACUUACCGCCUACUUUGCCGUUCUCGUGAUGGCUCCAUUGAUGUAGUGGACCAGAAGGAGAUGCUCGUAGCCGACGCCCCUGGAGUUGACUUGAAGAUCGCCUUCCCAGUUCUGGGUGCGUUUGUACUCUUCAGUGCCCUCUAUGGCUUCAGCAUGAUAGAAGACAACCAUUUUCUCCUCUCUGCUGAGACGAAAAAUGGAGUGAUUGCACUUGCAGACUCAGCACAGAGAUUCGGUAUGAACACACCCGUGCUCGGCGAGUUAUUGCUUUGCUUUCACUCAUCUGCUGGAAGCUUGGGCGAAACCAGCCGUUUUUUCGCUUGGUUGGAGGCUCCUCGCAAAAGCGAGUCUGAUCGGAAAAUGUACUACGAGCUAGUGCCACGUGAUGACGGAUGUGGGAAUGCUCUGGAGCCGAUGUGGCAACGGCUUCCGGACGGAGCUCCCUUUCAUGCUGAGCUCGAGCGCCUCCCGAAGGAGCAGGUGAUACUGGCGAUCCUCAAGACCCAGGAGCUGGCCCACGACCAGCUGCAGUGGCCGCAAGUUCAAAGAAGUUUAGGCUUAGCAGAGAGCUUGGAGCUCGUGAUGCAUGAAGACGUGGAGCAGCUCAGCAAGGUGAUCCACACGUUUGCACGGCAACACGUUAUGCAACAGCCAUGGCAUCGUGAGCAACUGGAAAUGGGUAUGACCAUCAGUGAUGUUGUCAACGAACACUUGCAGGAGGCAGUUUUCUCUCCAGAGGAAGUGCUGCAUCUGCUGCUGAACCAGGAGAAGAUGGCAGAUCCACAGCCCGAACCGAAAAACAAGCUCGUGGCCACGUUGUCCAAGAUGUUUUCGAAGAAUCUCUCGGCCAAUGUGGUCCUCUACAGCAAACUUAUCUCGUCACUCACUGCCGUUGACUGGAAGGCAGCUAUCCAAAGUUGGAGAGAUUUACUUCUCGCCGGACUUCAGAGCGACACGGUCGUGUGCGGUGCGGUAACAAAUGCAAGUCGGCGCGGUCCAUGGCAGCUGGCCAUUCUUCUACAUGGCAUGUCAUCACGUCAGGUUCGCGUGAACGAGGUCACUUUCGGAGCGGCUGUUAACGCUUGUGGCCAGCCGGGAUGGCCUUCGGGUCUAGAGAUUUUGCAAGAUUUGAGCAGCAAGAAGGUCCGAUCCAACCAGCUGAUUACCAGCAGUGUCAUCACAGGUAGCAGAUGCAACUGGACGCUUGUGCUCCAGCUAUGGUUUCUGCUGCAGCGCGAUGCUACUCCCGAUCAAUUCUGCUUGUGUUCCACCACGAGUUCUUUGCAAGCAACGGACCAAUGGCGACGAGCAUUCUUCAUGUUGACCAAAGCUCGGGCCAUAUUGGUUGAACUUGGAGUGUUCUGCUUCAAUAGCGCAAUGAGCUGUUCGCAGCUUUCGGGCUGGCCAUCUACGUUGGGGCUACUAGCUGAGUUGCAGCUUCGAAGACUGACCAACACCGUGAGCUACAAUUGUGGAAUUGCUUCGUUACCGGACGCCAGCCAUUGGCAGGCUGCUUUUGGCCUGUACAAGCAUAUUCGGGAAGCAGGCCUUUGGGAGAAUGAAGCAAGCCUCGUGCUCGCGUGCGGUUCCUGCGGGCCGCUCUGGCAAAGUGCUUUGGCCUUCGUCUCCACCGCAAACGGCACAACGCGAAGCUUGAGUUCGGUAUUAAAGGCCUGCGAGAUUGCCGCAGAAUGGACCCAAGCUCUGAGCAUGCUCGGGUCCUUUCACAAAUGCAAUAUCUCAACGACGCAGGUCACAGUCAAUACAGCAGUGAGUGCAUGCCAAGAGAACUCCGUGUGGCUACGGGCUUUGCAUUUAUUGCGCACUUGCUCUUUAAAUGAGGUGGCAGAUGUCAUUACUUGGUCUACAACACAGGCGGCGUGUAAACUGCAAUGGGCUGUGGCCACGCUGCUCAUGACAAGGAUGGGAGAUCAUGCAGUGCGUGUUGGCGCAUUGAGCUACGACACGGCUGUGGCCUCCUGGACAAAUGGAAGCCACUGGCACAUGGCCCAAAUCCUUCUUCACAGGAUGGCAUCCAACAGAGUGCCGGUCUUGCCAGCCACGGCCUACGCUGGAGUUCGUGCGGCUGAGCUGGCCAACGCUCAAGCUUCGCCAUGGCUUUUAAGACCACAUGCUCACAGUUGA